GCGGCUGUGGCGGAGGCGCUUCGGCAGCAUGAGUGGCCGCGGGCUUUUGUGGCGCACGGCGGCGGCGGCGCGUUCCUGGCGGGCUCUGGCGGCCUUUACCGCCAGCCGGCGCCCGCUGUCCGCCAGCCCUCGGAGCCGAGCCUUCGCCAAGGAGCUCUUCCUGGGCAAAAUCGAGAAGAAAGAAGUUUUCCCAUUUCCUGAAGUUCGCCAAGAUGAACUUAAUGAAAUCAAUCAGUUUGUGGGACCAGUAGAAAAAUUCUUCACUGAAGAAGUGGACUCUCGAAAAAUUGACCGGGAUGGAAAAAUCCCAAAUGAAACUUUAGAAGGAUUGAAGAGCCUGGGACUUUUUGGGAUUCAAGUCCCGGAAGAAUACGGUGGCCUGGGUCUCUCCAACACCAUGUAUGCGCGGCUCGGAGAGAUCAUCAGCCUGGACGGGUCGAUCAGCGUGAUGCUGGCCGCACACCAAGCUAUUGGCCUCAAGGGUAUCAUCCUGGCUGGCAGCGAGGAGCAGAAGGCCAAAUACCUGCCCAAAUUGGCGUGUGGGGAGCACAUCGCCGCCUUCUGCCUGACAGAGCCCGCCAGUGGGAGUGACGCAGCCUCCAUCAGCACCAGGGCCACGCUGAGUGAAGACGGGAAGCACUACAUCCUCAACGGUUCCAAGGUCUGGAUCACCAAUGGAGGACUGGCCAAUAUCUUUACAGUGUUUGCAAAAACCAAGAUUGAAGAUUCUGAUGGCUCUGGAAAAGACAAAAUCACAGCCUUCAUCGUAGAAAGAGACUUUGGCGGAGUCACCAACGGGAAACCUGAGGAUAAGCUGGGCAUCCGCGGCUCCGACACCUGUGAGGUCCAUUUUGAGAACACCAGGGUGCCUGUCGAAAACGUCCUUGGAGAGGUUGGAGGCGGAUUUAAGGUGGCCAUGAACAUCCUCAACAGCGGGCGCUUCAGCCUGGGCACCGCCGUGGCCGGCAUGCUGAAGAAACUGAUCGGAAUGACUGCUGAGUAUGCCUGCACGAGGAAGCAGUUCAACAAGACCCUCAGUGAAUUCGGACUGAUUCAGGAAAAGUUUGCCCUGAUGGCCCAGAAGACUUACGUCAUGGAAAGCAUGGCCUACCUCACGGCAGGGAUGCUGGACCGGCCUGGCUUUCCCGACUGCUCCAUCGAGGCUGCCAUGGUGAAGGUGUUCAGCUCAGAGGCGGCCUGGCAGUGCGUGAGCGAGGCACUGCAGAUCCUGGGGGGCUCUGGCUACACGAAGGAGUAUCCGUAUGAGCGCAUGCUGCGUGACGCCCGCAUCUUGCUCAUCUUUGAGGGAACCAACGAGAUUCUCCGGAUGUACAUCGCCCUGACAGGCCUGCAGCAUGCUGGACGAGUCCUGACGGCAAGGGUCAAGGAGCUUAAACAGGGCAACGUGGCCACCGUCAUGGAGACCGUUGGCCGGAGACUUCGGGACACCUUGGGCCGAAGUGUGGACAUGGGGCUGACAGGGAAGCUUGGAGCUGUGCAUCCCAGUGUUGGGGACAGUGCCAGCAAGCUUGAGGAAAAUGUGUACUACUUUGGCCGCACCGUAGAGACGCUGCUGCUCCGCUUUGGCAAGACCAUCGUGGAGGAGCAGAUGGUCCUGAAGAGAGUGGCCAACAUCCUCAUCAACCUGUACGGCAUGACGGCCGUGCUGUCCCGGGCCAGCCGCUCCAUCCGCAUAGGCCUGCGCAACCAUGACCAUGAGGUUCUGUUGGCCAACACCUUCUGCACAGAAGCUUACUACCAGAACCUCUUCACCCUGGCUCAGCUGGACAAGUAUGCUCCAGAAAACCUCGACGAGCAGAUUAAGAAAGUGUCCCAGCAGGUGCUGGAGAAGCGAACCUACAUCUGUGCCCACCCCCUGGACAGGACAUCCUGAGUAGAGGGCACUGGACGGCUUCUUUUCCAAGGUGGAGAAUUUAAGGGUUUUAUAACUUGACCCGAGUUUUUCUCCCUGCCCAAGGAGCUGCUGCUCAGCUUUGCCCUACAGGGACUGCUGCCUGACCUGACCCCAGGAUCUGAAGAGACACAGAAUGAAAUUCUUGACCCAGGGCUUGAAGGGGUUCUGCGGUGCCCUCUGGCCCGAGGCUGGCUGUUUUUCUAUUAGCCCACACAUUUCCCAGGGAAUAGCUUAACAUUAACACUUAACAAAAAAGAUAAAACGGUGGUGGUUUUCUCUCCUAGUUGUGUUUUCCCUCAGAUCCCACCUCUGCCAGGUGACCGCAUGGCCUGGAGAGCCCCCUGUGGUGGUAGCUGCCUGCUUGUGGGCAGGGCAGCUGAGGGCCAGGCUG